AUACGCUUGCGUGGUUGCCAGAACCACUGUGCUAAAUGUAGACUAUCCUAUUGAACGGCCACUUUUGUAGCUCAUCAGAAAAGAACAUCCUAUGUUCUCCUGUCUUAAUUCACAGUGUGCGCGCUCCUCAUCUUCGGCACAUCCCAUCGUGCGUCGGUCCGGACACGCAAACCUCUAUCUUUUGGACGCACAGACUUUCACAAGAACCUAUCCGUACAAUCCCGAUGGGCACAAUCUUUCGAAACGGGAUGGCUUUCUUGGAAGCGACUUGUUUUCUUCCUCCCUCCCAUUGCAGUCUUCACGCACACUUGGAAGGGAACGUAGUGUUCUGAAAAGAUAUAAUUGUGGUUUGGGCACCGUACAUGUAAAAGAGAGGGGAGUUUGGAGUUGAAAAGUAAACCGACCAGACACCAUGCGGAGAAGAGCGAAGUCCGUUGGAGCGCGUAUAGGGGGGAAGAACAUUAAAACAAACCAUUUCUAAAAUGAUGUUCAAAAAGCUCUGUGGAUGAGGAACAACACAGAAUAUGGUAGAGAAUAAGAGAUGGCCGCGCCUGAUCUUCUGGACCCAAAGUCUGCAGCCCACUUCUCCAAGCCCCGCCUGUCCUUCUCUACGAAGCCAGUGGGGCUGAAUUUCCAAGAGGACGAGUACGACACGCGGACCACCGUCAUGAGAUGGAAGACGGUGUCGGCCAUCUUCUUUAUGGUGGUGCUGUACCUCAUCAUCGGGGCCCUGGUGUUCCGGGCCCUGGAGCAGCCCCACGAGAGCUCUCAGAAACUGGCCAUCCUGGCCGAGAAACUGGACUUCCUGUCCGUCCACGUCUGUGUCAACUCCUCCGAACUUGAGGACCUGGUUAAGCAAGUCGUGUCUGCGAUCAGGGCUGGCGUGAACCCAUCAGGAAACUACUCCAAUCAGACGAGCUUGUGGGACCUUAGCUCCUCCUUCUUUUUUGCUGGAACAGUCAUCACCACCAUUGGAUUUGGGAACAUCUCCCCCCACACUGAGGGGGGGCGCAUCUUCUGCAUCAUCUACGCCCUCCUAGGGAUCCCCCUGUUCGGCUUCCUGUUGGCUGGCGUGGGGGAUCAGCUGGGAACCAUAUUCGGGAAGGGCAUUGCCAAAGUGGAGAAGAUGAUUGUGAAGUGGAAGGUGAGCCAGACGAAGAUCCGCGUGAUCUCUACGGUGAUCUUCAUCCUGUUCGGUUGCCUCCUCUUUGUCACGCUUCCGGCGGUCAUCUUUAAGCACAUCGAGGGUUGGAGCACGCUGGAGUCCAUCUAUUUCGUGGUCAUCACCCUGACCACUAUCGGCUUCGGUGACUUUGUGGCCGGGGAAAAAGGAGGUUCUGAGAUUGAGUACCUGGACUACUACAAGCCUGUGGUCUGGUUCUACAUCCUGGUGGGCCUGGCCUACUUUGCUGCCGUGCUCAGCAUGAUUGGAGACUGGUUCCGGGUCAUCUCCAAGAAGACCAAGGAGGAGGUAGGGGAGUUCCGGGCACACGCCGCCGAAUGGACGGCCAACGUGUCGGCGGAGUUCAAGGAGACGCGCCGGCGCCUCAGCGUGGACGUCUACGACAAGUUCCAGCGGGCCGCCUCCAUCAAACGCAAGCUGUCCUCGGAGCUGGGCCUGAACGUGACCCCGCGCCAGGACCCCAUGGGGAGGAGGACCCUGUCGGUCAACCUGGGGGACGAGCGGGAGGCCUAUCCCAACCUGACCCUCUGCCUCACUCCCGUGCCCGGGACGCUGGCCCGGAACGGCAGCAUCUACCUGAACGGGCUCAGCCCGGAUUACGCGGAUCGAAGGGAGAUAGAGAUUGCCAUCGAAGAGACCCCUAACUGAGGAGCAGGAGAAGGAGGAGGAGGAGGAGGAGGAGGAGGAGGAGGAACGAGAGACUGGAGAGAGAGCAAGGGGUAGAGGAAGGAGUUUGAGUGAGGCAUACAGAAAUGGACCUGGACAUGUACAAGCUUACAAAGGCACACACACUUAGGUUUUCAGAAGGAUAUUUGUCUGAUAGGCACACCCAUACACAUGUCCUUGGUUUUACUGAUCAAGAUUCUGGGAUGAAAAACACACACUCUUGCACAUUCACUAAGUGGCUGUGCUGAGAGCUGUGGGACUAUUGAUUAUGUGAGUGUUGGGACACACACAUACAAUAUGCACACACACAUACGUGGAUCAAUCGGAAACUUGCAGCGCCUGGCUGUCACAGAAUUACAUGAUCAUCACAGAAAACACACACACACACACACACACAAUGAUGGUCUUCAGGGAAAUCAUGAGUUAUAAACAACAGUCCCCCCUAACGUCAGACACAAACACCCUUAUACUCAGACACUUAUCAGUCAGGCUUUGGCUGUCACACACACACACACACACACACACACAUACGGUGAACACUCUCACUGCCCCUUAAACACAGAAGAGAGAGGAGCCCUGAAGUCUGCAUCAGAUGAUGAGGCUCUCUUCCGUCCAACACUGUAUCAUCCAAGAUGAACACGUUUCUCAAGACUGUUUUACCCAGCAAGCGUUUUCUCCACAAGACGAGAGUCCCCUGAAAUUCUAAUACAAGGAACAAUUAUUUGAUGUAUUUUCAAGAAUUUGUCUGUUUGGUUUCAGUUUACAAUUUUCUACUGUACAAAUCACAUGUGUAGACGAACAAAGAUUUACUUUGAUGCCUUGUGGUGAACUUUUCCCACACUUUAAAAAGGUAGAAUGUUUGGACAAUUUGUUUCUUUGUUUUGUGAAGCAAGUACAGCUUUUUCACCCAAGGAAUAUUCCAUGUGCCUUAAAUAACACAAUACUUGGAACCCUUUUUUUACGCUGACGGACAUUGGACUCAGAUUGGCUACGUCUGUCUCGUCUGACGUAACACUUGCUAAGAUGUAUACUUACACAGUAGGGACCUUUUAAAAACACGACACUCUAUGAACACAAGACGAACGCGAGGUGAUGGACACCAUGAACUUUGACCUGGGAUUUGAGGACAACGCGCUGAAAACAAGUACAUCGGGAUCGCUUUUCUAGAAAUUGUGUCUCUCCCGUCCUCUGUGAGAUGUGAGAUGAGAAAAUCUCAGUUGUUUGGGUUUCUGUACAUGUUUGACCAGGGCCUCAAAACUUCAUCCCUCACACCACCACCAGUUCUAGUUUGAACCACACUGGUUGAAAACCGAUUUGCUAAUUCCGCACUUUAUUCUCCAAGAGUUUAACAGGCAUAAAGGCAAACUAGAGUUAUCCUCGUGGUGUAUAUAUUCACAGCUCCAAAGCUUAGAUGAGCCAGAUACCUAUAUCUGGAGUAAUACUGAACCCACAUCAUCAGAACCACUGUGAAUGAGUGGAGCUUUGCUUCAGGCUGUGCACAGCAUUUACGUCACAGGGAAAUGAAGAAAUGAUUUUGA